GCACCUCAUUGCGAGAGUGUACAGUAAGUUACAGGCAGGACAUGAUACUAACGCUCUCUCUAUUUAGUCAUCACAGAUCAGUCAGAGUGCUGACCUCACUCAAUGACCUCUGAGUCGUGUUGGCUUUGACGUGUAUGCAGCCUUGGUAUAUAUAUGACGCUCGAAUCCUGUUGCUGUUGUGCCCGCCUCCCAGCUCCUGGGUUCACAACAACACCUCACUCCAUCGUUCAUACUUAGACGGACACCGUCACUACAGGAACAAUGGCUACCAGAGACACAACUCACCUCAGCGACCUCACCAAGCUGAAGUCUGAGGCGGAUGGGUCCUUCAAUCGCCAUGUAUCUCAGUUCAGAGACUGGGUUGCAAAAGGCGGUCAUUUCGAGCCAGAGAAAGGUCGAUACCACCUCUACGUCUCGUACGGUUGCCCCUGGGCAACACGUACCUUGAUCAUGCGUCAACUCAAAGGUCUCGAGGAGUUCAUCGACGUCACUGUCGUUUCACCUCGCAUGGACGAGCACGGCUGGCCCUUCGCGAACAUCGACCCGUUCCCCGGAGCGGACAUCGAUCCCCUGUUCGGCGUCGACCACGUGAAGGAUCUCUAUCUCCGCGUCGCGCCGAACUACGAGGGCCGCUUUACGGUACCCAUACUCUGGGACAAGAAGCAUAGCACGAUCGUGAAUAACGAGAGCUCCGAGAUCAUCCGGAUGUUCAACAGCUCGUUCAAUCACCUGUUGCCCCAGGAGAAGGCGAAGCUCGACUUCUACCCUGAACACCUGAGGGGAGAAAUCGACGAGCUCAAUGCUUGGGUGUACGACACUGUGAACAAUGGCGUAUACAAGGCCGGCUUUGCAGCAUCCCAGUCCGCAUAUGAGAAGGCCGUCUACCCUCUCUUCGAAUCGCUUGAUCGUCUCGAGAAGCUGCUCGAGGGCAAGGACUACCUGAUUGGCAAUCAGCUGACCGAGGCUGACCUCCGACUCUUCGUGACAAUCAUCCGCUUCGACGUCGCGUACUACAGCCACUUCAAGUGCAACUUCCGCACCAUCCGUCACGGCUACCCCGCGAUCCACCUCUGGCUGCGGAAGUUGUACUGGAACAUCCCCGCGUUCAAGGACACCUGCAACUUCGAUCACAUCAAGACUGGGUACCACUGGCAGAAAUCUUACAACCCGAAGCAGAUCGUUCCGGUUGGGCCAAUCCCGAGCAUCUUGCCUCUGGAUGCAUGAUCUGCAUCAACAUAGCAGCAACGCACCAUCUCCACGGUCAUGGGCAAUGAAUGUUUGUAUCCCCCGAUGUGCCUCAUUUCCAUUGCAUGGCAUAGUAACACUUACCAUAAGAACCAAUAGCAACUUGAACGAUGAUUAGUGGUACUACAGAGACCCCCAUGUCCGAGCCUGAGUAAAUGCCCGACGUCCCCCGUCAUAAUCUGCGACACUGCAGGUGAUAUGUAUUCUGUACUGCGUUACCUUUUAAGCAGUCGUACGAGAUGCGAUAGGUUGGGCCUGACCGGGUCGAGUCGGAGACCCGGAGAGGCAUACUCAGGCCCAGGGUCAAAUCAAACCAAGCAUCUCGCGCUCUGACUCAUCU